GGCUCCCCCGCCGCCAUGUCGCACGUCCGCCUCUCCAGCGGCAGCCCCACGCUGGAGCGCAUGGAAGGGCGGCAGGCCGACUACCCCAAGCCCUCGGCCUGCCGCAGCCUCUUCGGCCCCGUCGACCACGAGCAGCUAGCCCGGGAGCUCCGCCGCCACUCCCGCCACCUCGCCGACGCGAGCCGCGCCAAGUGGAACUUCGACUUCCAGCGCCACCGGCCCCUCGACGGCCGCUACGAGUGGCGCGCCCUGGCCCCCGACGCCCUGCCCGACUUCUACAGCCGGCCCCCCCGGCUCCGCGGAGGAGCAGCCCCGGCCCAGCCCCAGCAGCCCGACGCCAGCCCCCGACGCUCGCACGGACGCGCAACGCCACAGCCGCCCAGGACCGCCGAGGCGCCCCCCGAGCUCAGCGCCGCCGCCGGGUCCAGGAAGCGACUCGCCGACGGCGAACCCGACGAUUCCUCUCAUCAAAACAAAAGAGCCAACGCAACAGAGGUCAUUCCUGAAGACUCUCCCAGCGCCAGCUCAGUGGAACAAACACCCAAGAAAUCCAGCCCGAGACGGCAUCAGACGUAGAUUGUUUAUUUGAAUUCAGAAAGUAUUCAUUUCCUUGUUCUUUGGAGGCGGUGGAUUUGUGAAGCAAGGAAGAUGGAGAGUUCGUAAAUGAAAGGAAAAAGAAAACAUAUCAUUGUUUCUCCAGGAGAUGGAGAACUCUUUGCAAGCACUGAAACAAAUCACACCUAACACUAAAGCCAGGCACUCAUAAAAGAUCUGCCUCUUAAAAGCCUUGGAUGUAGCAUUCUGCAAUUAGGAAUUUCCUCAUUUGCUUCAUUGUACUACCUGUGUAUAUAGUUUUUACUGUAUGUAGCACAUCAAAUCCCCCCCAGUCCCUUUCUCUUUCUCCCUUGGUUGGUUCUGGGAAGGUUUGGGGAUGGUAAAAGGUGAUGGGUUUGAAAUCUGCUUCCCAAAUCCAGCAAGCAGAGAAUUUAUAUGGGGAGAAACGGUCUGCAUUUUUACAUGGCCUCUAAGGAUGCACUGGCCUUUUCUCAAAGGAGCCAAAACUUCCAAAGCAAGAUAUCAACGUGUUAACAUGGGCUACAGCACAAGGACAGAAUCCGCUGAUGGAAUUUCUCCUUGUUAAGGGCACAUUCCUGCAGGAAAUUAUCCUGCCUCUCCCCGCCCCUGCCCCACAAAAUGAAUGUGAAUGUGGAAGAACAUACUAAGUUCAAUGGGAGAACAUUGCAUGGGAUGGUGUCCUAAAUUUGUACGCAGGAACUCUGUUUCCAUUAUGUAGCAGAAUAAAGGGUCUUUUCCCCCCAUAGGGCCCUUUAAAUUCCCUUCUCUAAGAAGUGUUUGCUAUCUAUAAUACUUCAGAUAAUUUCAAAAAUAAUUUAAAAUUCAUGAUUGGAAUGGAAAGGGGGGAGGGGCUAUUGACAGAACCCUGAACUUUUUGCCCUCCUUUUUACUCACUUCUCUGAUAUCUGCAGGUGGGUAAAUGAAAAGAAAUACUACAUCUUUAAACAGUAUUUUUAAAUUGCUUGUAUGUUUUUUUUAAAAAAAUAAUUUUUGAAAUGUACCUGUGUACAUAACUUUGUAAAGACACUGAGAAAAUUAUACUAACUUAUUUAUGUUAAAAGAUUUUUUAAAAUCUAGAAUAAGAUAUUUUCCCAUAAAGCCAAAGUGGCAGUUUUUUUUGGUGUGUGUGUGUGUGUGUGUGCAUUUGUAAAUGCUCUGUUUGGUAGGGUAUUGUUUUAGUUUUGGGGGAGGGGUUUGGUGGGGGGGGAGGGAAUUUGUUCAUUAAUAUGGCUGUCCUUAAAUGAUUGCAGACUGAGCCAAGCUUAAUAUUAAAAUAAUAUGUGAAAACAGUUGCCAACAGACAUUGUUUUACAUCAAGCAAUCAAUAAAGAAAACUGCCAUAUAUAAAUAUAUAUAUUAAA